AUCACUUCUCCGAUUUAGUACGAUCUUGACUUUUGAACUGGUGUUGUUAACUAGGAAUGUUUGACUAUCCUGAAGUGUUCUCUCUAAUUCGCCACUUGGGAUGGCUGACAACCACGUACUUCUGGUUCGCCAACGCUUCCCUGGCAAUACUGCUAGUCUUUGUGUUAAUGACUUUCAUCGGUCCGCGAGGAAGCAAAUUCACAUACGUCGCCAAAUUCUCCAUGUUCUACUACCUAUCGUCAAUGGUUGUGUCUCUGCUCGCGCCAAUCUUCAUCCUUCGCCCAAAAAAUGUGGUCAACUGCAAAUUGGGUGGGUGGUUCAUCGGCAAGUGCACCUACUUGCUGGGAAUAUCCUGGGAACUGAGAGGAUCUCAUCUGUUGCGAGACAACGUUGGUGGCAUUAUUAUUAGCAAUCAUCAGUCGUCUAUUGACAUUCUAGGCAUGUUUAAUCUCUGGCAAUUUAUGGAUCGCGCAACUGCAAUCGCCAAGAAAGAAAUACUCUACAUUUUUCCACUCGGUCCAGUGGCCUGGCUAGCCGGCAUUACCUACAUCGACAGGAAAUCACCAAAAGAUAGCUACAAAACCCUCAGCAAAUGCGUUCGACUUAUGAAAGACGACAAGAUCAAGAUCUUCAUGUAUCCUGAAGGAAGGAGGAAUGAUAGUCGAAGCGGAUUCCUACCGUUUAAGAAAGGUGCUUUCAAGACUGCAAUUCACGCCAAAGUUCCCAUAACGCCGAUUGUGCAGUCGCCGCUGUACUUUGUCGAUCCCAAGAAGCACAUCUUUGAUAGUGGUCAUGUUAUUCUAUCAGUUCUUGAUCCUAUCAAAACCGACGAUCUCACGGACGAAGACACCGACAUGCUGAUGAACAAGUGCCGAGAUCUCAUGCUGACAGAGUUCAGGAAACUCAGCAGUGAAAUCGAGAGUAAAUUGUCAAAUAUGUCCUGGAUGAAGGAAAAGCGAUCAGGAAUGUAUUUGAAGGAUUAACAAUCAGUUAACCUCCCUU